UGGGAGGAGGGGUUAACCGGGAACGCCAAGAAACAAAGAGUCACAACCCUGAGAAGCAGAGCCAUAGUUCUUAACCCCAUUGUAACCGUCAAGUCAUUUACACUAACUAUUUAUCCACAUCUUCCCCCCUCCUCAAGACUUCUACCUUUUUCCAUUUGUUCCUUUGCAAUGGCUACGACUUCCUUUGUGAUCAGAACACCCUGCUCUUCCGCCAAUAUCGGGCCUGGAUUCGACGUGAUCGGCCUGGCAUUGUCACUGCAUCUGGAGCUCCAUGUCACAAUUGACACCUCUAAGUCAUCGUCCCAAGAGCCGCUCAACUGUGUGAUCACAUAUGACGACCAAAGCAACAGCACCGAGAAGAUCAGCCUGGACCCGGAGGUGAACCUGAUCACCCGCGUAGCACUAUAUGUACUUAGAUGCCAUGACCAGAGGGCAUUCCCUGCUGAGACCCGUGUGCACAUUGUAAAUCCGAUUCCUUUGGGCCGGGGUCUCGGUUCAUCUGGCACUGCUGUCGUGGCCGGUGUAAUGUUGGGAAAUGAGGUAGGUCGCCUUGGACUCAGCAAGGAUCGGUUAUUGGAUUAUUGUUUGAUGAUCGAACGCCACCCCGACAAUGUUGCUGCCUCACUUUUUGGAGGCUUUGUCGGCACCUACCUGAACGAACUCAAGCCCGAAGAUGUAGCACGCAAGGAGAUCCCUCUCAGCGAAGUUCUGCCUGCCCCGGCUGGUGGUAUUGACACCGGCUUCAGGCCGCCAGAGCCACCUCUCGGAAUUGGUCACUACAGGAAAUUCCAAUGGGCCAAGGAAAUCAAGGCCAUUGCCAUCAUCCCAGACUUUGUCGUGCCAACAGCCAAUGCACGGAAUGUUUUGCCUGCUUCAUAUUCCCGAGCGGACGUUGUCUUCAACCUCCAACGUGCUGCCUUGCUUCCUGCAGCAUUGGGCAGUUCCCCGCCGGACCCAGAUAUGAUCUAUCUGGCCAUGCAAGAUAAAGUCCAUCAACCCUACCGGAAAACUCUCAUCCCUGGCCUGACGGAGACUCUCCAAUCGAUGAACCCGCGAACACAACCAGGACUCCUUGGGAUUUGUCUGUCGGGUGCCGGGCCGACCAUCUUGGCUCUAGCGACAGACCGAUUCGAGGAGAUUGCAGAGCGCAUCAUCUCUCGCUUUGCUUCCAAUAACAUCACCUGCCAGUGGAAGUUGCUUGAGCCUGCCCAAGAAGGUGCCACUGUGCAGUAUUGAGAAUCUUGUAUACGUCUGAUAUAUGUUGUUUUGAAAUAUGAGCAUCCGGAUAAACAAGGGGAUGGAAACGAAACAACGCCAAGGAUGACUGACCCUGCUGAUGGCUACAGACCUCUCAUAGACAAAAGCUCUGGAGGUUGAUUCUCUUUUCAGUGAGGGUAAUAUGAAGGUGACCUCUAACAAGCUCUUUUCCAUGACCUCAGUCAUGGAAGCAUAGAAAGAUGUACCUACCUAUAUUAGUCAUCAAAGUAACCUUCAAGACAUGGCUUUCUAUACACAUACGCGAACAGGCUGAAAGCACGAGCAUUUAGUAGAAUGAAAGCCGAC